AUGUUUAAGUUGUAUUCAGGAACAGGCUACACAUAUAAACUCAAAAUUUAUGCAGGCAAAGAAAAUGACGAACGAAUAACUCCAGGAGGUAUUGUAACAUUUCUUACCCAAGAUAUUAUAGGUGUCGGCAGAACCUUAGUAACAGACAACUGGUAUACGAGUUUACCUUUAGCUAAAAGGAUGCUUGAUUCUAGUACACACCUCAUUGGCACGAUACGCAAAAACCGCCAGGGGCUACCAAAGGAAGUUGUAGACAAAAAGCUUAAAAAAGGAGAAGUUACGGCCAUGGAGAACAAAGAUGAGAUAAUAUUACUGAAGUGGAAAGACCAAAGGGAUGUGCUGGUACUGUCUACAAAGCAUGAUGCUGAAAUGGUAGAGAGAAAUAACACCAGAAUACCUAAAGUCGUCGUCGAUUACAAUAGAGGAAAAAGUUCUGUGGAUCUCUCUGAUCAAAUGGGAUCGUAUUCUAAUCCUCUUCGAAGAUCUGUCAAAUGGUGUCGCAAAAUUGCAUUUGAGCUUUUGCUUACAACUUCCAUGGUAAAUGCUUUUAUAUUAUAA